CUGCUGGACUCAUGCACACUUUCAAUGCACACGCAGCCACAGACAUCACCGGGUUUGGGAUCCUGGGCCAUGCACAGAACCUUGCCAAGCAGCAGCGAAACGAGGUGUCCUUCGUCAUCCACAACCUCCCUGUCCUGGCAAAGAUGGCUGCAGUCAGCAAGGCUUGUGGCAACAUGUUUGGCCUCAUGCACGGGACUUGUCCGGAGACUUCAGGAGGUCUCCUGAUCUGCCUGCCGCGGGAGCAGGCCGCUCGCUUCUGUGCAGAGAUCAAGUCCCCCAAGUACGGCGAGGGACACCAGGCCUGGAUCAUCGGCAUCGUGGAGAAAGGCAACCGCACAGCCAGGAUCAUCGACAAGCCGCGGAUCAUCGAGGUGGCGCCGCAGGUGGCCACCCAGAACGUCAACCCCACGCCCGGAGCCACCUCCUAA